UAACCAUCAUUACGCGAAGCCGACAACGGAGCAGUAACAUUUUUUGUUUUCUUUAAACAAAUCAACGCCCCCUAAUCAUAACCCUCUUUCUUUCUCUUCCUUUUCAUCAUUCUCAUAUCCUCAAUCACCCCCUCGCACUCGCUCUUCCCUUCCUCUGGUGGCGACAAUGUCGACUCCUGCUAGGAAGAGGCUGAUGAGAGACUUCAAGAGGCUGCAACAAGACCCGCCUGCAGGGAUCAGUGGUGCCCCCCAGGAUAACAACAUAAUGCUGUGGAACGCUGUCAUAUUUGGUCCUGAUGAUACUCCAUGGGAUGGAGGCACGUUCAAGUUGACACUCCAAUUUACUGAGGACUAUCCAAAUAAACCACCGACUGUACGAUUUGUGUCUCGCAUGUUUCAUCCAAAUAUUUAUGCUGAUGGAAGUAUUUGUUUGGAUAUAUUACAAAAUCAGUGGAGUCCUAUUUAUGAUGUGGCUGCUAUACUCACAUCUAUCCAGUCAUUGCUUUGUGAUCCCAACCCAAAUUCUCCUGCAAACUCUGAAGCAGCUCGAAUGUUUAGUGAGAACAAGCGUGAGUACAAUCGAAGAGUGAGGGAAAUUGUGGAGCAGAGUUGGACAGCAGAUUAAGUUCAUCCUUAUAUGCAUGGGAAGCUUUGAAGGCAUGAAUUUGGUUGCAGUGAUGGCAACUAUAAGAAUGAUUGUGCAAACUCAUCACAUUUAUAUUCUCUGCUGAUAUGAAUGAUAGCAUCAUCUUAUCUUUAAUUUAUUAUAGCUUCUGCAUUGCAUAUGUCAGCUAAUGUAAAAUAGAAUUAUGCGUGUCAAUUUACUUUCGAUUGUUGUCAGACAUUCAACAUGAAAAUUAUAGUUUGCUGAACUGGUUAUGAUUUCAUCAAGGUUUUUGAAAAAAUUAGCUUCAAUUUGGUUUACAA